AAUUGUAAUGAUUGUGUAGUCAAAUAGUUAAAGUAUAAUCACAGGUGUUUGAACAAUUCCCUGAUUAAUAUACAAUCAACAUAGCAACAUGCAUCUGAGUACAUUACAUCAAGCAUAUUGACCUUGAUGAAACCCUGUGUUUGGUACAGGAGCAGUCCAGGCAAUUAGUCAAGAGACCUAAGGAUGGUCAGUCACAUCUACCAAAGUAAAAGAAGAGAUGAAGCAAAUUUUCUCAUGUCUCAAAUAGAAAUCCACAAAUAUUAUUAGAGAGACAAUAGUUAUUCACAUAAAAAAUAAAUUCUAAUAGAUGAUGGAUUGUUUAUUAUUCAUUUUCUACACCUGUGUAGGCAUAAGCUAAAGGCAUUUAACUUAACCUCUACUAGAAAUAAUAACUGAUGAAUAUAUAUGGUGAUAUGCACUUCCUCUUAUUUUCUCUUUCAAUCCUUACAGAAACUCUACAGAGUCAACAGAGAAGAAUGAUAGAAUAAACUUUCAAUUAGGGAGCUCAAGGCAUAAGCCCAGAAACAUACUAUUAAAUGUGAUGGGGAUGGGAUGCAUUUGGAAACAAAAAGACAAAAAGCCUACCUUCGUGGAUCUCACAAUCUGGGAUUUGGGUUGAAAUAGGUAUAAUUAUGGAUUUUAGACUUAUGAAUCAUGCUACUCAAAUACAUAUCCAUAAUAAAGUAUGUUCUUAAAAGAACUACAUUAGUGGCCAAGGGAUUUGUAUGUUUUCAUCCUCAAUUACUGAAGGAGUUUGAUAUUUUGUGUAAAACCUUGGAACAUAAUCUGCUUUUAUUGUGCACAAUUCAACUUUCUGCUGUUUGACUUAGGGAAUAUGAAUAAUGAUAAUCAAGCAGAAUUGUUGCUUUUUCCUCUCUCCCAUAACACUUCUUUUCUGUGGUGCUUAGAGCAUUUACUGCAUGGAAUUUCUUAGCUUGUUCAUUAUUGGUCUCCCAGCCUGGACUGGGCACUGUCCGAGGAGAGGGCUGCAUCUCAUUAAUCUUUGCAAGGUCAGCACCUAACAGGGUGCUUGCCACACCAUCCAGGUGGGAUGCAUGCUUGUUGUAUGAAUAAAUUUGUAUAUAGUUUACCAUUUCCAAAGCACAUUCACAUGCAUAAUCUCACCUGACCCUCAGAAAACUCAGUGAGAUUACAGGGUAGAAUUAGUUCGCUCGUUUUACUGAAUCUCAGUGAUAGGGAAGGUUAUUCCCUUAUUUGACAGAUGAGGAAACUGGGGAUCAAUGAGAAAUUAUGUGAUUUCUGAAGAGCAUAUAACUAAGACUUGAAUUUCAAGAUCAGGGUUCUUUCUAAAACGCUAAAUGAAAAUAUAAGCAUAUUAAACUACUAUUUUAGGGGUGUCUUUUAGGGUCUGUGAGGUGUUUUUGGCCAACCAACUUUGACUUUCUCAAAUCAUUGGUGAAAUCUUGCUUUCUUUUUGAAAAAUGUAGAACAUGGAUGGAAAAGAUCUUCAGAUAUUGUCCAUAUUGUCAUCAGAAGACAAUGGCAUAGAUUAUAUGUCAAUAUUUUGCUAUAAAACAAUAUAUUCUUAGCCAAAACAGUUCUAUCAGAGGGAAGGGGAUGGAGCUAGCUGUGUCAUUUAUAAUCCUAAACUCACGUCAUUAUGAUUCUGUUUAUAUAAGAUUUCUAUUUACUUCUUAAUUAAAAAAAACUUUAUAAAGAGUUUAUGUGAGCCAAACUGAUAACACAGGCUGGGGAGCAAGUUCUCAAAUGCUCCACCACUUCUUAGUUUCUUUAUCAGAAAAUGAGACUCCCCCACAAUGCAGGAUAGUGAAAGCAGUCAGUUGGGAUGAAGAGGUCACAGCCAGUAUUGGAAGGUUCUAGUAACUGAAUCCUGAUCAACUGACUCUAAAGUCACUCUUUUAAUAAUCAUGUACCACUGGGUCAUAAGCUACAGGGAAGCAGGAACUGUGUCAAAUCCCCAAGUCAGGCCAUGGCACAUGGCAUGUGACACUACCAGCUCAAUUCCUGACACACAUGUUAAUUAAUAAGUGGCAACUCUGAGUAACCCCUGGCUAUAGGUUAACCUGAAAAAGUGCUAGGUACAUGUUUGCAAACUUAGUGAUUGAGCUUCUGUGUGUGUGUGUGUGUGUGUGUGUGUGUGUGUGUGUGUUUGAAAACCAUGUUUAAGAAGUUUGCUUUUAAGGUAAGUUAUUUUCUAGGCAAUAUACUCAGGUCCUUAAUGGACACCUAGUCCAUUAAGGAACUUGGCCUUAAGUAAGUCAUCUUGUGUACCGUUAUAAGUCAACAUUCCAAAAAGAAAAAAACUUCAACAGAAAUUAACAGCAGCUCUAAUUAAAUCCCAACAUUUCUGAGCUAGAAGCAUUUUCUCUCCAGGCAUUGGGAUUACAGGGUUGACAAUUUCUCUUAAUCUGAAUACCAUUCAUCUCUCUACCUCCCUCCCCCAUACCCUCUUUCAAUCUUCUCCCUUCCCCCAGACACACGUAUACUCUGACCAUUUUAUUUGAGUGGAAAGUUGAAAGAAAGCAACACACCAGCUACACCCAUCCAGCGCUCCUUGGGGUGGAAUAGCAAAGUUCCAGGGCAGAGCGCCUUCCUUUCCGGAGCCGCGCUGCAGUCGCUCUCGGAUACCUGCUCAGCCUCGCGCGGCAUCUGAAGGUCUGGCCCGCCGCGGAACAGUUGCGUCUCCAUCUGGCUGCCAACCCACCCAAGCUUUCUUCUCCUCCACCACCACCACCUUCCCUCCUUCCCCCUCCUCCCCCUUCUUUCCGUCUUCCCUCUCCACCCCCGCCCCCAAUCUCCUCCUCUUUUUCUCACUACAAGCGGUUGCUGAUGCUGAAGCCGAGCGUCACUUCGGCUCUCACGGCAGACAUGGCGACAUUGACAGUGGUCCAGCCGCUCACUCUGGACAGAGAUGUUGCCAGAGCAAUUGAAUUACUGGAGAAACUACAGGAGUCUGGAGAAGUACCAGUGCACAAGCUACAAUCCCUUAAAAAAGUGCUUCAGAGUGAGUUUUGUACUGCUAUUCGAGAGGUAUAUCAAUAUAUGCAUGAAACGAUAACUGUUAAUGGCUGUCCCGAAUUCCGUGCCAGGGCCACAGCAAAGGCAACAGUUGCAGCUUUUGCAGCUAGUGAAGGCCACUCCCACCCUCGGGUAGUCGAACUGCCAAAGACUGAUGAAGGCCUUGGUUUUAACGUGAUGGGAGGAAAGGAGCAAAAUUCCCCCAUUUAUAUCUCUCGCAUCAUUCCUGGAGGGGUGGCUGAAAGACACGGAGGCCUCAAAAGAGGAGACCAGCUGCUAUCAGUGAACGGAGUGAGUGUGGAAGGAGAACACCACGAGAAAGCUGUGGAGCUACUCAAGGCUGCUAAGGACAGCGUCAAGCUGGUGGUUCGAUAUACCCCGAAAGUCCUGGAAGAAAUGGAGGCUCGCUUUGAAAAGCUACGGACAGCCCGGCGCCGGCAGCAGCAGCAAUUGCUAAUUCAGCAGCAGCAACAGCAGCAGCAGCAACAAACACAGCAGAACCACAUGUCAUAGGUCCUUGAAGAAAAGCUACUCGAUCAAACAUCUGAUAGUUACAAAUUUGAAACCGUGCUUCUGAAUCCCAGCACAUAGUAAAAAGAAAAGACAACACUGAUAAUUAUACCAGUCAAGAAGCUGUGAACACUGUGGUGUAUAAAUUCUUUACCAAGGCAACUCGACACCUUCUUUCUCUGGGCCUAAACCCCUGCUGCUCAAGGCUCUUUACACACACAGACCUUCCAUUCACUGCAGUGGGAAUUCUCCGUGUGUCAACGGAGAGGUUUUCCAGUCUGCAGACUGAAACAGUCUAAGAGUCAAGUUCAUGACUUUCCAAUAAAUCACCAGGGCCAGGAUGAAACGAAUCUUGGGUCUAUGGCUUUUCCACAGAUUAACAAAUCCCUCAUUAGGCUGUAGUUCAAACUGCAUCAGUUCAAUAUUGCCACCACUUAAAAGAAACCUACAGGUUGCCCCUCUCCCUGACCCAUUCCACAUCCACACUGCUGAGUUGUCUGAAUUACAAUUCCAGUUAAUUGCAAAUUCAAGCUCUACUCUCCUCUUGAAAAAGACAAGUUAUUAUACUAUAUACUCUACUCAGAUUCUCAAAGCAAUUGGCUUUUUAUUUUCUGUUUCCAUGAAUUUUAUUAUGCAUUAAUAGAGUGGGGCAAUUAUAGCUCAACUUUAGUUUGCUAGAUGCAAGGAUAGAGAACUCUAGUACUGUAUUUUUUUUUAAUUUAAGUAUUGCUUGUAUCUAUUACUAUUAAUUCUAACAGAAUAUAAUGUAUAUUUAUCCCACAAAAUAUAUAUUAUCAGAGUGUAUUUGUUACAAAGGUAGGUCUUUUUUUUUUUUUACCAAUGUUAUGAAUCUGGUAAGAGAAUACGAGCAAAGGACCUAGCUUCAUGAACUGAUCCUCUUGUGAUAUUUAUAUAUAACCCUGCUUGCAAUAUUUUUUUUAAGUUUUAUAUUUUUUAUUGAUAAACUCUGGAGACAUCUAAACUGAUGUGCUGUUAUAAAAGUCUAUUUAAAAUUUAAAGGUUAGGGCUUUAAAAAACUAAAUUACAAUACAUCACACACACACACACACACACACACAAAUGUAUGCUAUACUAAGUUUAGAUCACUUUCCCUAGAUAUAAAAUGGAUAGUCUGGGAAAUCUAAGAUCAAAGGGUUAUUCUUUUUAAAUUAGUCAUAUGUAAACCAGUGAUACUAAUAUUAUAAAUGAAAAGAUGCUGCUUCUUCUGAAGGAAAAAUAUACCUACUUCAUUAUACAUAUUCAUGGAGGUAAAAAGACAAUAUGAUGUCAUCUUUCAGAAAGCAUCAUUUACUGGAAAAGGAUCUGUUAGAGCCACCUAUCCUGAUCAUAACGUGUGACUUAUGUUAAAUAUAGGCACAUAAGUCUGAUUUUACUCUAUGGAAUGCAUAGGAAGCAAGAAUUAUUUGGGCACUAAAUACCUUAAGCACACAGAUGUACCUGAAAAAAGAAUAAAUGUCCAAUUGAAAAACACUCUAGAUCAAUCAUUAAAACUGAGGCAAGUAUUUGAAUAUUUCCCUUACUCAAAUGCAGAAAUUGAUUCCCCAAGAUACAAUAAAUUUCACAUUUCAGACAGUCCCCCAAAGUAAAUACAUAUAAACCUCAGUUUAGGAGCUGUUUUCUUGAAAAAAUAAAAUAAAGCCCGCCAGAAUUACCCAGCACAUUUUUCAGUUUACCCUGGUCAGCUAGUCUUACGCCAAGUUCUGCCUACUCUUCAUUGUCUGUCACCCAACAGAGGACAAACAGCAAGGAAACUAGAGGGUACACCAUUUUCAACAAUGUUCUGCUGUAGUGACAGAUUCUCAUCCUUGAAAACAUAUCAUUUUUUACUAGAGAGUCCGGGGGGGGAGGGGCAAGGGUAAGGCUCCUGAAUGUUGUGUAAAAUAGGUUUACAGAAGUGACAAGCAUGACUCCAGGGAAUGAGUGGAGACUGCUUGUGUGUUACCAGUUUGAAAGAGGUAGUUCUCAUUUUUAUAAGAAAAAUGUAAUAAAACAUAUAUAUUUUAGUUAUCAUUUAACAAAGAAAUAUGAAAGCUAUUCAGGCGAUGCCACAGACUCUCGGAAGGGGAAGUCACCAAACCCUUGUAAUGAGAAAUGGUCAUUUCAACACAUUUUAAUAUAUUGUAUACAUUUGGAGCUUAAGGUAUGUUUUUCUUUGGCGUGUUUGGUUCAUGUGAAAUUAUCAGGUUUUCCCAUCAAUGUAAAUAUUGUCAUGGAAUUACAGAACAAUUAUCAAGUGAGCGGAUUCCUUACAUUUGUGUUUUCUAGAAGUUUUUGUAUUUUUAUGCUUUAUUUGCAUAAUGUUACGUGCUAAUAAAUGUCUGCCGGGUCAUUUGUCACAGUGAAGGGGCAAUCCAUCACACCUACGACAUCUAAGGACAGAUUACAUGUCACAGUGGUCCUACAUACAUGUGACCAAAUGGUCAGUUUUCUUCAGGAAAAUCUAGUUGUUGAAAUAUAAGCCUUCUCUUAAAGUUUUAAUCAAAAGUAACCAUCCCUAAGAUUUAGAGAGGGCCCUUGUGGUUCUCUAGAGCUUCCCUGAAGCCAGAGGGAAAGGGAAAAAAAUUACAACUUUAUUAAUACCCUUUGUUAUUAAUGAUCAUAUUAGAGCUACUGACAUGUCCAAAAUGAUAUUAAAAUAAAGACAUAUCAGGGUGCUCUUACAUGAAGCUCAAUCAUAAACAAAUUAGAUAUUAAAAGUUAGGGGGAAAAGUCUGUUGUGACUAUACAUCAGUGAUCCUGUUGACUUUUAGUUCUUUUCUUGGUCAGGUUGGUGGCCAGAUUUUUCUAAAUUCUUUCCUGCUAUGAUUUUGAGUGCAAAUACGUGGAGCACAGUUCAGGAAAAGAAUACCGAAUACUUUUCAUUGGGACAUUUACAUCUUGAGUCUAUUGCCAUUUGAAAUAGAACAUCCUUGGGGAGAUAAUGAGCUUAAAUUACAAUUGACUUUGGGAAGAAUAACAGACUUUCGUGCAUCCUCUAUCAUGUAAUCAAUAGGGAAUUCUCCAGUUAGGUGAACUACUCUUAUUUUUUUAAGAUAAUGCUUAAAUCUAAAUGCAAAAUCAGGGGCUUUUUAAGAAUUCAAGGCUGUCUCUGAAGAACUUGUCCAAGGAUGAAUUGAACCAAUUUACAAAUGCAAUUUUCGGCCAUGACAAAUCACACUGAUCUGAUCUUAGUUUAAUUUUAUUCAGCUGUGCCUACAUAUAAGACUCCAGGAUGUUGGAAUAUUUUGUCGACAUCCUUUUAAACUUCUAUAGAUAUUUGUGGAUGUGUGAAUAAUACCGAAUUUCUCAUCUUCUAGCUAGUUUGUGUUCAUCAUACAGACACAGCCUGUUAGAUCGGCUUUAGACGGCAUUGCGAAGUAGAAAUCAAUGCUCUAAAGAUUCAGGGAGGCCAACAGGCAAGAUCUCCCCAAACUCGGGAUAGUUCUACCCAUUUCAAUCCUCUCUGGAUCAUAAACUCCAUGAGAAAGGGCUGUGACUGUAUUGUAGGCUGCUGUAUCCCUGGAAUCUGAUAUGAUACCUGGCACAAGAUAGGCAGUCAAUUAAUAUUUGUUGAAUAAAUGAAUGACAGAAUAAGUGGACAGACAGAUAAAUGAAUUUUGCCUUCUGAUAAUUUGAAAAAUUUUACCAACUCAUACUGAUUGGCACUAUAAUUUCUGAAUUUCAUAGUGAGAACUAGCAUUGACUCGUCAUAAAUACUUUCUAGGCAUAUGAAUUUGGAAUCCAUUACCUCAAACGCAUCAAGGGUUUGAGGACAUUUAGGUAAGGGAUAAUGUUUGGGGAUUCAGAGUUUUUACAAUGAAUAACACUCAGCCUUUCUAGUUCUUUCUAAAAGCUCUUGAGUUAUUUGGCAAAAAUAAUCCAAACAUGGAACUCCAUCAAUAAAUUUUAUAAAAUAUUAUAGCUUCCUUUUUUUAAAUAGAAGAAAAGUCAUAUUGUCAUGAAUAUUAUUAAUAUCCCCUUUGAUAUUUAUUAACAACUUUAAGGAGUUCAGAGUAAUUGGAGUUACCAUCUCUAAAUAUUUUUUUUUGCUUUCAAAAGAUCACACUCAUAUUUGAUUCCUAAAAUGCACACCUGAGUUUAAGAUUAAUCACACAGCUAUUAAGACUUUUCUAUGUGUUUGUUUAUUUAACAAAUAUUUAUUGUGCACCUAGUAUGUGCUAGGUUCUGGAAACACAGUGGCAAACAUGACAGACAUUGUGCCCUCACGGAGCUUACUGUGAGGAAAUCCUCAACACUAACUCUAGCAAUAACUAAUUUCCUGCCUAUCCAGUCCCUUUUCAUAGCUGAUAGAGGAAAUAAAAUCCCUGACCCCAUGGAAGUCAUAAAAGACUCCCUGAACAUAUUUCAAUCAGCUUGCUUUUCUAAACACACCACUCAAGAAUGCUGCUCAGUUUAUCCAUGUGCCAUACUUAUGCCCCAGUGAGGUACAUACAUAGUAAUUUAUUCCUAAAUGUUAUAACUAACAUUUAGCUCUUAACUGGGUUCUACUGUGCUCAGUGCUUUCAGAGACUAUCUCAUUGACCCUUCAACAACUCUAGUACAUUCUAUUUUAUAGACAAGAAAACUGAAGAACAGAUAUGUCAUUUAUUCAAGGUCACACAGCUAGCAGAAGGAACUAGAAUUUGAGCCUAUGCAGUGUAACGCAAGAGCUCAUGUGUCUAACCAUUAUAUGUGGCCUGGGAACACCAUUACAUGAAAAUAAAUGAGUCACUGUAUAUAAAAGCACUUUUGAAAUUGUAAAGUAGAAUACAAAAAGAUAUUAGUAAAAUAUUAACAGUCAACAAACCACAUCAGUGGCAGAAACAGAGUGAGAAUGCAAUCUUAUGUCACAUCUUACUCUCAUGAAGAACACUUCAAGCCAGGGACAUGGAUAAAAGGACAGAUCCAGAGAAUUUUUGAUGUGAUAAAUAUUUCAAUGACUUUUCAGAAUUAUUUGGUGUUAGGCACUGUGUCUAUUUGGUGCUACAAAAACAAACAAACAAACAAAAAACUGAAACAAAAUCCCUUGCUGUAAGGGCUUAUAAUAAAUACACAGUGUGGAGAUGAACUAAGGAUAUUUCACAUUGACAGGGAAAGAUUGGGCAGUAGUGCUAUUUUCUCACCAUUGCAUGUAAUCGUGUCUUUCCAAUUGUUUUCAUUAUUUUUUCUGAAAGAGCUGCAAAAUUGUGCAGUGGUUCAACCUGACCAAAGUGGGAUUAUGCUGCUGGGAAGUAAAAGUAUUAAACACCAGA